AUGCUCAUGGAUCUGUGUUCAUUGAUGUUUUCUGAACAGAUAUCAAGAAGGUUUUAUGCUGGAAUUGCAGAGGCACCCUCAAACAUCCUUCUCUCUUCUAAGAAAAAGCCCAAGUUAUGUGACUUUGGAUUAGCUAUUUGGACCACGGCACCUUCAAUACCUUUCCUUUGCAAAACUGUGAAAGGAACAUUUGGAUAUUUGGCUCUUGAAUAUUUCUAG